AUGUCGCCUGACACCCUCUCGGCAUCCGCCACACUUGGCUUGCCCCAAGUGCAGCCUAAGGCUGAUAUAGAGCAGCCACUGGCAUCUAACAUGGAGUUCGACAUGGAGAAAUUGGGAAGAGAAAGGCCCAAGAUUUUUUCAAGUCUUUUCUCAGAGAUAUGUUUCUGUUUCUCAAUUGUUAUGAGUCAAAUAUUGGCUGAGUUCUACAUCACCGGAUCGAACGUAUUAACACCCAUUCUCGUGGAAGAGUUACACAUCCCAACUGCAUCAACAAUAUGGCCGACAACAGCGCUCUCGCUCGUCAUUUGCGCCACACUGCUAAUAUUCGGACGUCUCACCGACAUGUACGGCGGAUACCUAGUCUACAACGCCGGCGCCAUCUGGCUCUGUAUCUCCUCAAUCAUCGCCGGAUUCUCUCAAACAUGGCUAAUGUUGAUUUUCUUCCGUGCAUGUCAAGGUCUAGCAUUUGGUGCCUUACUUCCAUCCGGGAUGAUGAUCCUAGGCAGCACAUACAGACCAGGACCACGAAAGAACCUCGUCUUCGCUUUAUAUGGCGCUUGCGCUGCUUUGGGGUUUUUUUUGGGAUUCUUCGUCUCUGGUAUCGCUGGACAAUACCUUACUUGGAGAUGGUAUUUCUUUAUUGGAGCCAUUCUUUCAGCUAUUAUGGGUGUGUCGGCUAUAUUCUCGGUGCCGAAAGAUUAUGCAGAAAAAAGACAACUUGGGAUUCGGAUGGAUUGGGCUGGGCUUGUCUUGUCCAUUGUUGGGGCUACAUUUUUGGUUUUUGCUAUUGCGGAUGCCUCAUAUGCUCCUAAUGGAUGGGGAACACCAUAUAUUCCAGUGUUCCUGUGUCUAGGAGUCAUAUCUUUGGCUGCCUUUGCAUAUGUUGAGGGCUGGGUUGUUCAUAAUCCGUUGCUACCAGGCGAUGUCUUUCAUACUAAGUAUAUGAAACCGCUUCUGAUUGCAUUGGUUUUUCUUUACGGAAGCUUGGGCAUAUUCCUUCUCUACGGAGUUCUAUAUAUGUCCGAAUUCAUGGGCGCAAGUCCCCUCCAAAUAGUCGCCUGGACAGUUCCCAUGGCUGUUGGUGGCCUAAUUCUCUCCAUGACAGGCGGAUUCAUCCUCCACAAGGUAUCCGGCACAAUUCUCAUAAUAAUUUCAUGUCUCGGAUAUGUCGGAUCAGGUCUCCUAUUUGCAGUCAUCCCAAUUGGAGGUAACUACUGGGCCUAUGUAUUCCCUGCCAUGAUAUGCGGCACCAUCGCGAUCGAUAUCUCGUUCAACAUCGCCAAUAUUUUCAUCACGACUAUGAUUCCGAAGUCUAAACAGGGCAUUGCCGGUGCACUCCCUUAUUGUACCAUGCAUAUGGGUAUUGCGAUUAUGCUCGGCUUUGCGGAUAUAGUUGAGACUCAGACUAAGCAGUAUGGAGAACGUGAAAGCUAUAAGGCUGUUUUCUGGUUCCAGUCGGGGCUUGCUAUUGUUGGACUGAUCAUUGCGAUGUUAUUUGUGAGGAUCAAGAAUGCGCAGAGUGAAUUGACUGCCGAUGAGAAGCAGCAGCGGAAUACUCAGGGGCAAAGUGAGGUGCGACCAAGAAUGGAGGUUGUUUAG